GCGGCUUCCAUUUUAUACCAUCUUCCACCUCUCUAAAAGGCCGAAAGCUAUUGCUCUGUUACGGAAGAGGUGAAGGUGCAAAAGAUGCGCGAAUACACCAAGAUAUCAGUAUAUGCUAUUCAGGCGCUGCUCCUUCUCUUCGGAGUGCUACAAUGCGCCGUGGGUGAUGAAGGAUACUGUUCAGUACCUAAUCAGAAGGCGGACUCGAACUCGCAACCUCUCUACUGGAAAGUAACGAACCCGACACUCUCCCCGGAGCAUCUUCAAGACUUACCUGGUUUCACUCGCAGUGUGAUUAAAAGAGACCAUGCUGUAAUUACACCUGAAAGUCAUGUAUUCAGCCCUCUACCAGACUGGACGAAUACCUUGGGAGCUUAUCUAAUCACACCAGCAAUGGGCUCGCAUUUUGUAAUGUACUUGGCAAAUAUGCAAGACAACUCAAAGUCAGCACUACCUCCACGGGAUGUUGAAAGGUUCUUGUUUGUGGUCAUGGGCACUGUGGUACUAUCAAAUGCGUCUGGAAUCAGCCACAGACUGCUUGUGGACUCGUUUGCAUAUCUACCUGCGAAUUUUGAACAUUCUCUCAAGUGUGACACAUCAGCCACCCUUGUUAUAUUUGAGCGAAGGUACUCAGUUUUGGAAAAACAUAUCUCUGAAUUGAUUGUUGGCUCAACGGACAAGCAGCCACUUCUUGAAACUCCAGGCGAGGUUUUUGAACUUCGGAAACUGCUGCCUGUCUCAGCUCCAUAUGACUUCAAUAUCCAUAUCAUGGAUUUCCAACCUGGAGAGUAUCUUAAUGUGAAGGAGGUACACUAUAAUCAGCAUGGCUUGUUGCUUUUAGAGGGACAGGGUAUCUAUCGCUUGGGUGACAGCUGGUACCCAGUUCAAGCGGGCGAUGUGAUUUGGAUGGCACCAUUUGUACCUCAAUGGUAUGCAGCACUUGGGAAAACCCGGUCACGGUACCUUCUAUACAAGGAUGUGAACAGGAAUCCACUGAAUUCAUAGACACUGGAAAACCGCCGGUCCAAAACCAGGUACUUGCUUUGGGGGGUUAUACAUAUGCAUUUUCAUUUGAAAAUGGAGAAUGGCUAUGUUGGUGCGAAUAAUAAGGCAAGAGAUGGAUUGACGGGCAUUUAUUAGAGCUGGGAAGUGUAUUUUCCCAUUCUAGUGUAGGUGUUGAGAUGGCUUGCUGCCUUCAAAGUAGAGGAGCAGAACCUGUGUUUUACUGAAUUUUUGUUUGUCUUAUUCGAAGUGAUGAUCUUUGUUGAUGUAGAACUAAAUGUAAAGGACCUAAUGCAAGUUAGAAUCUGCAAAGCUUUGGAUGUA